CCAUGGCAUUAGCAAGCCAAUAUGGCGGUAGACAGUAGGGACUUGAGAAAUUAGAAGACUGAAUAUACAAUUUGAUUGUAAAUGUUUAUAUAUGUUUUAAGAUUGUAUAAUGAUGAGUUAAGACUUGUGACGUGCAGUUUGCACACGUCACGGCCUCAUGUGCCUCACGAGAAGACUGCAACAGAAGACUGACGGCCAGAAAGCGCCAGAUCUAAUAGUGCAAGACUGAGCAGGUUGGGCGACGAGUAUGGCAGAGUCGCGAGAAGCUGACGCUGAUGCCGAGGCAUCUGCAGCGGAAUCCGAGGUCCCGGGAGCUGGAGCUGAGGAGGCUUCUGGCGAAGUGGUGGACAGUGCAGCAAGUACGGCGUCCACCUCCGUCGGGGCAGCCACGCCCUCCAGCAAAGUUCAGCAGCAGCAACAUCAUUUGACGAGUUACAGUCGUCAGAAUCGCAACAUGAUGGAGAAACACCGACGCGACAAGAUGAACGCGCACAUCAGCAACCUCGCGCUGCUGGUGCCCACUGUAGCGAAUUCUCCAAAGAAAAUGGACAAGACAAGCAUUUUGAGAUUAACUGCUGCUUUCCUUCGACUGCAUAAGUUUCUGACUACGAAAUCCGAGAGGAUUAAGAGAUUAGGGCUCCCGCACUACUUGAAGACCUACAACCUGUCCCAAGCUCUGAUGGAGGUGCUGGAUGGCUUUAUGAUCAUUGUCUCAUCCACGGGAAAGAUACUGUUCGUCACUCAUACCGUGGAGACGUUACUCGGCUAUCCUCAGAGUUACUUGAUGGGGCAGUCAAUGCAUUCCAUCAUCUGCCGUGAAGAUCACGAUGUGCUGGACAAGAACUUAACACCUGACUUGGAUCUCAUGGCAGCCGAACAUGGUGUUUCUGGUCAAUUGUCACUUGGUGAGGACAGCAGCAGUUCAGGGGACACCUCCAGUUCAUCAUCACAGAGUGCUAUGUCACCCCAACAGCAGCCCGUGUCAUCUGCCCCCUCGUUGCAAGACAUCACAGGCCCCAUUCCGUCUUUGUAUCAGCAGCGCCGGUCCUUCUAUCUGCGGAUGAUUCAGAAAGCUGUUUCUCGUAGUGAGCUCACCCAGUAUGAGUUGGUCCAUGUGCUGGGGUUCCUCAGCGUACCACAGCGACCGACACCCGGGCCUUCCACACCCUCUCGCACUCGCAACCGUUCGCGUGAUGGCAGCAAUGCAGGAUCGGGUAAUGACAUCGAUACUGUGCUGAUCGCAGUCGUUCGCAUGAUGCGUGAUAACAGUGUUGCUCAGCGCUCACUACUUGAGCCAAGUAAAGAUGAAUAUGUGACUCGGCAUCUCAUUGACGGCCGCAUUAUUUACAGUGACCACAGGAUCUCGGUGGUGGCAGGCUACAUGGCCGAGGAGAUUACAGGAGAGUCUGCCUUCAAGUUUAUGCAUAAGGAUGAUGUACGCUUUACAAUUGUAGCUCUACGACAGAUGUAUGAUCGUGGUAAAGGGAGUUAUGGCAGCAGUUGCUACAGGCUUCUGUGCAAGACCGGCCAGUAUAUUUACUUGCGUACUCAUGGCUACCUUGAGUAUGACAAGGACAGCCAGAAGAUAGUUUCCUUCAUAUGCAUCAAUACCCUUGUGUCGGAGGAAGAAGGUGUGCAACUUGUGCGAGAGAUGAAGGCUCGGUUCUCUGCCAACAUCUUGACAGCAUCUAGCCAGCAGCCAGCUCCACUUCCUCCCGCUUCCAUCCCGUCCACUUCCACUGUCACGUCUGGCCCCCUGGAAUCAGACCUGUUGGAGGUAGCUAUUUCACAACUUAUUUCCAACAUCCCUGCAACAGAGGAUGAUCAGGGUGGAGAAGAGGAGAGGCGCCCUGAGGUAUCAGAUACCCAAUAUAUGAAGGUUGUACACUAUUCGAAGGCUCUUCCUCCUGCAACAAUACAGGCAGCAAAAGUGGGCCUUGACCCACUUAUGUCAUUGUCUCAUGUGGGGCCUACCUCACCUACAAGACCACUUACUGUGACCAUCCCUGGAACACCUUCAAGGGUACAGACAGAUUCUGCUUGGUCUAUGGUGAAACGUGAAUCUGUUAUAACAUCUUUAGUGUCUUCUGUUAAGACAGAGCAUGUUCCUCGACCUCCACCACCAGUGCCACCUCGAAGGCAAGAGACUGUUGUGGUUAGUGUACAGGCAAAUCAGGCUGGAAAUAUGCCAGAGUGCAUGACAGGGUUGAGAACACAAGCAAAUCCAGUGUUGAAGCGGACAAGUAACAUUGCAGACUGUGAGGUACAGAGUAGUUCUAAGCGUCAGCAUGUGAGCUAUGCUCGGCGAAGGGAAAGACGCCCCACUGAACCUUCAGCCCAACUUCAUCUUGAGAGUCCCACAAUGGAUGAACCUAGGAGGACACCAGAUGAACAGCUUCGACUUAUCAUGAUGCGAGACUCUCUUGUCACGAGUCCUCCUGCUAAUUCCCUCUUACACUGUGUUGCAAGGGGAUUCUCAGAACCCAGUGCACCGAGUCCUGUUUCUCCAGCAGUUGGUGAUUUUGUUACUCCUGAAUUCCAGCGCUCUGAAUUCCAGCGCUCACCAGGGAACUUCACUGUAAAAAUAAAUCAAACUCUUGUUCAUAGUCCCAACCCCACUUCCCCCAUUGCUCCCAUGAUGUACAUACCGCUCAAUGUAAUAGCUGGCACCCCCAGUCCAGGCCCACAGUCUCCUGUUCGUGGCAGCAAUAGCAUGCUGGAGUUCAGCCCAGCACAUUUUCUAAACAGUGCUCACUCUCCUUCAUCUCAGCUCCCCACACAAGUGACUUCUUUUAGUGUAGAUGUAGGACAUGGAAAUUUCUUGGACAGCUUUGGUCCUCCAGGGUCACAUUCGCCUCCCCACUAUACCUCCAUCGGCAGCUAUGGUCUAGGGCGGAGUAGUGGUGUCACAGAUGCAGGGGAGAUGACCAGUAUGCUCAGUCCUGGUGACUCCUUUUCCUCACUGGGAACGCUGGACACUGACCUGACCGACCUUCUGGCAGGCAACACCAGCAUGCUGCUCCCUCCUACAGGUCAGCUAUUUGAUGAUGUGGGAUUGGUAUCAGAGCAGCCAUCAGUCAAUGAACAACUCCCUCUAGUAGAGCAGCGGCUAGUGCAGACUCACCGUGAGCUUGGUACCAAUCUGCAGCUGCAAAGACGAAACAUCAACCUGAUUGAAGAGGACAUGCAGCAAUACCCACUUAACAUUGCCAGCAAAGUGCUGAGACCACAGAUCUCACAAAUCAAGGUAAUUGUGAGUCACUUUUGCUAA